GAGAUGACUGAGAAACAGGGGCAGCUGAGGGAGAAACGGCAGCAGGUCGGGCUGAGAAUCUGUGUGAGAGAGAAGGAGAUGUAAGACAGGCGGUGAUGUCCCUUUCACUUCCUGCACAGGCAGCAGUGGAGUACUGUGAGCUGGUCUUUGCUGAGCUGAUCCGCUCCAUUGAGAAAAGGCGCUGUGAGGUGAAGGAGCUAAUCAGCGCCCACCAGAGGGCGUCAGUAAGCCAGGCUGAAGGACUCCUGGAGCAACUGGAGCAGGAGAUAGCUGAGCUGAAGAGGAGAGAUAAGGAUCUGGAGCAGCUCGCACAAGCAGAGGACAACAUUCAUUUCUUCAAGACUUUCCAGUCUCUUUGUGUGGCUCCUGCAUCUGAGCUCUUACCCUAUAUCACUGCCAACCAGCACUUCUCCUUUGAGGAAGUGAAGAGCUCCAUCUCUGGAAUGAUGGAGCGACUGGAGGAUGUAUUGAAGGAGGAAAUGGUCCAGAUACCUGGAAAAGUAACGGCUGUCUCCGAAGUCUGUGUCCUCAGCCCAAGACCAGAAUUAAUGGCUGCUGCUGAAGUACAUUUCCAUCAUGAGCCCAAGACCAGAGUGGAGUUCUUGGAGAACUACUGCCAUCUCACGUUGGAUCCCAACUCGGCGUAUCAACACCUGCGUCUGUCUGAGUGCAAUAGAGAAGUGUCAUGGAGUGACAAGGCUCUGUCUUAUUCUGACCACCCAGACAGAUUCACAGACCACUACCAGGUGUUGUGUAAAGAGGAUCUGUCUGGAACCCGCUACUGUGAGGUGGAUAGGAGGGGGGAGUGUGAGGUAGCCAUCACAUACAGAAGCAUCAGCAGGAAGGGCGGAUUGGAAUGUUGCUUUGGUUCCAAUGAUCAGUCCUGGAGUUUGGUGUGUCGCAACUCGAGUUGUUCCUAUUGGCACAAUAAGAAUAGGACUGAUAUCCCUGUCCCCUGCUCCACCAGAGUAGGAGUGUAUCUGGACAGCAGGGCAGGGACUCUGGCCUUCUACAGCGUCCCGGAUACAAUGACCCUCCUCCACAGAGUCCAGACCACAUUCACUGAGGACCUCUGUGCUGGGUUUUGGGUUGGUCCUGGUUGUGGAUCAUCUGUGGCUCUGUGUUGACUGAACGUCAUAGAAUAAAGUGCAUUUCAAAUCAAAUUGUAUUUGUCAAAUGCGCCGAAUACAACAGGUGUAGGCUU